AUGUUGGGUGUAUCAAGAAUAUGGGAGAAAGUGUCUAUGAUGGCAGAAGGGGGAUCUCAUUAUUGUUCUAAGAAGACGGAUGAUAUUUGUGAUGAGGAUUCAGGUCGGACCUUGAGCAUGGCGAGAUUGAAGUGUAUUCUACGUGGGCUGGAUAUAAAGGCCUAUAUAUUUCUUUUCGUCUUGGUCCCAACGUGCGUUUGUGUUAUAUAUUUGCACGGACAAAAGAUCACAUACUUUUUGCGGCCUUUAUGGGAGUCGGCACCUAAGCCCUUCCAUGAAAUUCCUCACUAUUAUCAGGAGAAUGUUUCCAUGGAGAAUCUUUGUAAACUUCAUGGUUGGGGAACACGUGAGUAUCCAAGACGUGUUUUUGAUGCGGUGUUGUUUAGCAAUGAGCUGGACAUGCUCAAGCUAAGAUGGAAGGAAUUAUACCCUUAUGUGACGGAGUUUGUUCUACUUGAGUCAAAUUCAACAUUCACUGGACUGCCAAAGCCUUUCAUUUUUGCUGCUAAUCGAGAUCGAUUUAAGUUUGUAGACUCGCGGUUAACUUACGGGCAAAUUCCUGGGAGAUUUCAUAAAGGACAAAACCCUUUUAUUGAGGAAGCAUAUCAGAGACUUGCUUUGGAUUAUCUUCUCAAACAAGCCGGUAUUCAGGAUGAUGACUUGCUGAUAAUGUCGGAUGUUGACGAGAUACCAAGUAGACACACUAUUAAUCUCUUGAGGUGGUGUGAUGACAUACCUUCAAUCCUCCAUCUUCGGUUGAAGAACUAUUUGUAUUCAUUCGAGUUUCUUGUCGAUAAUAAUAGCUGGAGAGCUUCAAUUCACAGAUAUCAAUCUGGGAAGACGAAGUAUGCACAUUAUCGGCAAUCAGACGACAUUUUGGCAGAUGCAGGGUGGCAUUGUAGCUUUUGCUUCCGACGCAUUAAGGAGUUCAUAUUCAAGAUGAAAGCUUACAGUCAUGUGGAUCGUGUCAGAUUUUCUCAUUAUAUGAAUCCUAGAAGAAUCCAAAGAGUAAUCUGCAGAGGGGCUGAUUUAUUUGAUAUGCUACCUGAAGAAUACACCUUUAAAGAAAUCAUCGGGAGAAUGGGGCCGAUUCCCCAUUCAUACUCGGCCGUGCAUCUCCCUGCAUAUGUUUUACAAAGUCCUGAAGAAUAUAAAUUUCUCUUGCCCGGGAAUUGCAUACGAGAAAGUGGCUGA